AUGUAUAUCGAAACCAUCGCUUUCUGCCUAUUCAUUUUCAAUAAACUCGCCACUUCUGCUGGAAUUGUUCACAUGACACAAAACUCUUUGAACGGAGCAAAAUUUUAUGAGUUGAGAAGGUCCCCGCAGAGGAUUAAGGAGAGUUUUGAGAUCAGAGCAUCCGGUAACUUCACACCUACCGUAAUCUGCGACUCCGAUCAAAUCGGGUUAUCGCUGAAUGAAAAUUUCGCGGACAUUCGGAUGUUCGCAGCGGAUCACUCGAAUCAUCCCGCUUGCUUACGGAGGUUCUCACUGGAAUUGGAGCCACAAUUCGUGACGAGAAUUGAUGGACCGUGUGGCGUCAGGAGGGUUUAUAAGGGCGUGCCGUCCUCCUCGGUCACCUACUCCAUCCGACUCAUCGUCUCGCACAACCCCUCAGAACCCACCGAAUUCGACAAAAUCUAUGACGUCACUUGCUCGUUGAACUUGAAAACGAUGGAGGUGAAGGCGGCAUAUGAUAUAAUCAGCCCAAAAACCACUACACUGACAUCAUCCACCGUUCAAACCAAAGUCGGACCGAAAUGCAAAUACUCUCUGCAUCAUGACAGAGUAGGCGGUCCACGGACAGCCUCCGCUCAUGUUGGAGAAGUGAUCUACCAUAGGUGGAAAUGCGCGGCGCCUCACUAUCAGAAUAGGGAGGACGCGCCGGGGUAUAUCUUCAAAGUGUACUCGUGUGUGGUUCACGAUGAAAAGAACAGGACUUAUUCGAUAAUUGAUGAUGAUGGGUGCUCGUUGGAUGAGGAGAUUAUUCCCACACCCGAAUAUGAUAUUGAGAAUGGAGUGAUAUAUACGCCGAGCAAGGCGUUUAGAUUUGCCAACUCAAACCACGUGCAUUUCAAAUGCAUGAUUUCCGUGUGCUCGGCCGUCGAUCCCUCAUGUCGAAAUAGUGUGCCGCCGAAAUGCAAAAAGAGGAAACAACACAGGAGACAGCUGCCCGAGGAGAUGACGAUCGAGCAGAGAUUGCUUCGAAUUCAUGAGUUAAUGAAAGUGAAACGCGAGAAUUUGACAGUGGAGGUGCCGGGAACGAGACGGAGAAAUGGAAUGACGAUGAAUAAUAGUUGGAGUGAGAACUCGAGUCGAGUCGAAGUGGAGGCGGAGCCUGUGGUGGUGAAUAGGGAUUACGAAGUUGAAAAACUCCAUCACAUCCUGCACUCUUACAAAAUGUGGACGUGGAUCAUGUGCACUUUGAACGUCUUCCUCGUUGUGUUGUGUCUUCUGGUGACAUUUCGAUUGCUUAAGAAUAAGUACAUCAUGGAUAUAAAGGACAAGACGAACACUGUUUUCCGACGCGUUCCGUUUUGA